AUGCUCAUCUCACCACCUUUAGUUUAUCCGGGCAUCAACAUGACAAUGGAAGCACAAGCCUUCUCUGGAUCCAUCCCUGACUUCAUCAGCUCCCUCACCGACUUAUCUAUCAUGGCAUUCCAGCGUAAUCUCCUCGAUGGGGAGAUCCCUGAAAGCAUCGGGGAACUUUUUAAACUCUGCUAUUUGUCUCUUGCCUCCAACCAGCUGUAUGGCACCAUUCCUGAGGGCUUCACAAAGCUCACGCGCCUCACCUACCUUGACCUCUCCCGUAACUACCUCACAGGCCCUGUCUCCCUGCCUGCGAUCAGCAGCCUGCGUCUCUUCAGCAACUACCUUUCCGGACCCCUUCCUGAGGGGGCAUGCCAGGCUCGAUCUUUCGAUGCCAACUGCUUCACACUGCCUACCGACUUUGCCCCUUCGACCUCCACCAGUGCAAGUGCUGCUGCUGCUUGUGGUGGCAGAGGGGUGUGCAUUCCAGGCCGGGCCGGAUCAGCCCCAAGCUGUUUGUGCAGCGCGGAAUUCAUCAAGUAUCAAAGGAUCAACUGUGUUACUGAACCCAAAGGUGCAAGCCAUACAAUUCUUCCGCCAGCAACAGUGCUCACCAAGGGAACGAAGAAGGAGACAACGGGGGUCUUCACUGCAGAUCCGGUGACUCUGUUUGUGUACGAGGCAGGGCAGGCGGUGUCGGGAUGUGGGGUGCAGCUGGCCUUCCAGGUCAACUUCACCUUUUCCCUCUCAGCUCAGUCGGGUCGUGGCGUUGGCCACAACGGCUUUGCCUUUGUCAUCUCUGCAACAGACCGGGUGGGGAGCGGCUCCGGUGUGGGGUAUGGUGGAAUGGACAACAGGAGCAUGGCGAUUGAGUUUGACACUCUGACGAACAAGGAGCAUGGUGACAUAAAGGGCCAGCACGUGGGGCUGAAUAUACGAGGCCAGGACAGGUCGUUAGCUGCUGUAAAUCUGCCAUUCGUACUGAACAACAAGAAGGCAUAUACGGCGUGGGUGGACUAUGAGCCUGGGGAGCCCGGCACCAUUCAGGUGUUCCUGGCUGACACGGAGGUGAGGCCAGAGCAGCCGCUGCUGGAGAGGAGGCUGGCGCUGUGUGAGGUGCUGCAGGCUGGAGCAGAGCAGACAGCUUACUUCUUUGGAUUUGUGGCGUCUACCACUGUGAAGCCGCUCCAGAUGCAAGUCAUCCUAAAGUCGGCAGUGCACACAGGCCUUCCUGCCUCACGGGAUCCCGUAAACAUCACUCCAGCCUUUGGUCUGACUCUCUCUGUGGAGUCAUAUGCGCCAGUGGGAGCCAGUCCCUUCAUGCGCUACAUGAGUGCGGACUACCGAGUGUCACCCAACCAGCUCGACCCGUGGGGAGUCAGUGGCUCCCACUCGUGGGACUCCAUGCCCUUCCUUGGAUGGCCAGUCAAGAACCAGAAGGACUGCAAUGCAAGCUGGGCGUAUGCGGUGGUGGCGAGUGUGGAAGCAGCAUACGGCAUCGCACUGAAUAAACAGGCGCCGCAGCUGUCAGUGGAGUCACUCUUUGCAGCCAUGGGGCUCACCUCCCCAGCAGCCAAGUGCACGGCAGGGGGCUCUCCUGCCGCGGCUUUUAAAAAGCUUCUCACCCUCCCCCGUGGUGGCCUUACAACAUAUGGCAGGCGGCCAACAAAGUACCCCAUUCAGGGAUUUGAGCGCACGCGGUUCAAGGGGUAUGUGGGGCUCAUGCUGGCAGUGCAGCGGCAGCCAGUGGUGGUUCACAUCGAGGCCUCUGCUGCCUCGUUCAUCGAAUACGAUGGGACCUCGAAGUAUCAGGAUCCUGACUGCUAUACUGGCAACCUUAACCAUGCUGUACUCAUUGUUGGGUACCUCGUUUCAACAACUAAUGCCCGCCAAAGCCCCAAUGAUAUGCCAUUUUGGAUCAUCCGCAACUCGUGGGGAGUGGAUUGGGGAGACUGGGGCCACAUGCGCAUGGACAUUCAGGGAGGGGAUGGCGUGUGUGGCAUCAACGUGCUGCCUGGCAUCUACCCCAUUGUCAAGAUUUCCAAGGACCCUUGUGGCCAGAAGAGCUUCAAGAGGGAUGGCGAUCUGCAGCCAACUAUGAAUUUCUGUGGUCGCUUCAAAUGCCUUGUAAACACGAGAACCAAGAGCAACACCUGCAACUGCACCAUUCCCAAUGAGGCCAAGCAGCCUUUUGUUGAGGUGGCGAAUGGAUUUGGCUCCAACACAUGUGCAUAUGUCAACAUGUGCAGUUCGUACUCGAUCAACCCCUGCGCUGCGGGCUCAUGCAUCAACGAUGGCAAGGGCGGCUAUUCCUGCAUAUGCCCUCCCAACUACGUUGAAAGCAGAACCGUUGAGAACUUCCCCACCUGCGACCCAGCCAACACCACAACGUCUGCCUUAACUGUCACUGGUGCCAAUUGGUGGUGCUCCGAUGUCUUUCCUGCUGCUGGCCUUGCAUUGGCUAGCGUUCCAGUGCAAAGCAUGGGCGUUAACUGCAGCCAGCCUUUGCCUCAGGGCAAGGUGAUUCAGCUGGAGAGCACCCCCACCACCCCGUGCACUGCCUUCUACUAUGUCCGCACUGGUGACACUUGCUCCUCAAUCAACGACCAGAUUGGGCUGGCAGCAACUAAGCUUGCCUCCCUCAAUCCUGGCCUGAACUGCUCUGAGCCCAUCAAGGCGGGCCGCUCUUUGUGCAUCGAGCGCAAUGCCACCUUCGCCUUCGUCGUCCCUCGGUGCUCGGAUUACGGCAUGCUCACAGCACAGGACACGUGCGAGGACCAGCUGCUACAGGCCAUGGAGUCUAGUGAGGAUGAGUCCGUGGGCUCUUUGAGUGGAGACACAUCCGUGGGUUCUAGUGCCUGGAUUGAGCUGUACCGCAACAAUCCCGGCCUCUUCUGCCCUCGCACCAUCCCCGCGACCAGCACUACUGUUUCCAGCGUGUCUAGCGUGCAGGUUUGCCUCAAGGCAUACUACGAGCCCUUCAAUGCUCGUAGCUGCAAGAUGGGAAGAAUCAAGGCAGUGUCAUCGUCUCUGACAUGCGCAGGUGCUUUCAGCUUCUUCAAUGGAGCUCAGCCGGGAAAUGUCAAAAAGUUUUAUGAGUACAAUGAAGAUACAUGCUCGGGCACUGUACAUUCCAAUUUUAUUUGCGUUCCAUAA